CACUAGUGGACAAAGUGGGCGGUCCUUGCCGAUUUUCAGGAGCGUACGCAUUCUCCAACCAGCGGUUGAAAACUAAAUACAUGAAGAAAUCAUCAGCUUUGAUUCUCUCCUCACCACCGAUGUCGCGUUCAAGUGAUCGACUGUCCUAGAAGGUGAUGGAUUCUAGCCUUCUAUGUUUGAUUCUUUUUAUCCUAAUCGGCGUGACCAAAUGCUUUGGAGGUGAUCAGCUCAAUGGUACUCGCCAUUAUGACUAUUGCAUACUCGGUGCUGGGCCUGCUGGACUGCAGAUGGGAUAUUUCCUCUCCAAAGCCAAAAGAGACUACAUCAUCUUGGAGAGAAACUCCGGACCUGGUAGCUUCUUUCACAAAUACCCUCGGCACAGGAAGCUCAUCAGCAUCAAUAAGAUCCACACAGGACGGCAGAAUGGAGAAUUUAAUCUCCGCCAUGAUUGGAACUCGUUGUUGAGCGAUAAACCGGAGCUCGUGUUCCGGCAAGUAAGCCGGGAGUUUUACCCGCCGGCUGACGCCUUCCCACGAUACUUGUCCAUGUUUGAGACGGAGCUCGGGCUGAAGGUUCAGUAUGGCGUGGAUGUUGGAAGGAUCAGGGCAUCGGUGUCAUCCACCGGAAGAAGUUACGUCCUAACGGAUCAACACGCAAAGGAAUACACAUGCAGCGUCCUUCUGGUUGCCACCGGUUUGUGGGUUCCUCAGGAGGUGGACUUUGUUGGUUCCGACCUGGUCGAGGGCUAUGAAUCGAUUUCCACAAACUCGGAGGACUACAAGAACCAGGCUGUACUGAUUCUCGGCAAAGGGAACUCUGCUUUUGAAACAGCCCAGAGCAUUUUAGGACACGCCAGUCGGGUUCACAUGGUCAGUCGCAGCCCUGUUCGACUGGCCUGGCAAACACAUUACGUUGGAGAUCUCAGGGCUGUGAAUAACGAACUCCUCGACACAUAUCAGCUGAAGUCUCUUGAUGGUUUGGUCGAAGCUAGCCUGGAGCGAAUUGUGAUUGCCCAACAAAAGGAAGAUGGCAGGAGGGAGAAGAAAGGACAGCUUUAUGUGACGAUAAAUAAGUACAUACAAAACCAAUCGGAGAAGAACCAAUCUGAUGUGACAGCCGAAGAUCUGCUCGGGUAUCAUAUCGAUAAUUUCUCCCUGAGGAAACCUUACGAUCGUGUGAUCCGAUGCCUCGGCUUUCGAUUUAAUUUCAGCGUAUUUGACAGCUCUGCCUGCCCACUCACCAGUAAAAAUGCAAAAGGGAGGUUGCCACGGGUGACGGCCUGGUAUGAAGGCCAUGACACGCCAGGUUUGUUUGUGCUGGGAGCUGCUGCUCACUCCAGAGAUUACCGCAAAUCCGCCGGCGGGUUCAUUCAUGGAUUUCGCUAUACAGUGCGGGCCGUGCAUCAUUUGCUUGAGCAACGUUACCAUAGAACGCCAUGGCCAUCGAGAAAAUUGUCGACAACGCAGCUGCUUUCUGCAAUUUUGAAGCGGGUGGGUGAGGCUUCUGGACCCUACCAGAUGUUUGAGAUACUAGGAGAUGUGAUAUUGCUGAGAGGAUCCUUCUGCCAGUACGUGGAGGAAUUCCCACUGCAGGCCUUGCCUCAGUUCUCUUCUCUCUCGGGUCACGAGGUGUCCGAGCAUGGACUGGUGAUUCUAGUGAUGCAGUAUGGGAAAAAGAAGAUUGACUAUCUGGGAGAAGGCAGGGCAGUGACUGACUGGAGGAAAGCUUGGAAAUCCAACUUUCUGCACCCGGUUUUAUACUACUAUGACACGCUCCCCACUGAGGAAGAGAUGAAGAACCGUCCCCAUGGGUGGCCUUUACCAAGGCCGAAGGCGAUUCAUCACAUGGUUGAAGACUUCCUCACUGAGUGGGAUGGCCCCAUAUCUCACAUCCAGCCUUUGAGACGGUUCCUGGAACACUGCGUCAACACUGAUCUCAGAGCCUUCUAUGCAGAAUCGUGUUUCCGCUUAGCGCUCACCCACCGCAUGCCUCCACUGUUUUGCCGCCAUGGAUACUUGAAGGAUCAAGGUGUUUACCGGAAAAAUGAACGGAUGCAUUUGCAUUUCACUCGGUAUUCGCCUGGUGAGCAACAUACAGACAGAUCAGGGGCUGAUGCUGCAUUUCCUAGUUAUCUAGCACAGGUUGGAGCCUCCCAUGUCUUCCAGACUAAAACUUGACCUACCUCCACUCCAUAUAAAUCCAAAUGACACCACUGAUAGUUAUUUUUCCAUAACAGUGUGUCACACCCUAACAUGUGCUUUAUGUCCAGUAGACCUAUGCAAAUAUGAUGAUGGACCCCCACAUUUCCACCAAAGCUGUCAAAAGCCCCAAAUUGUAUUUUUCCUAUCCAAUAAGCUGUCGGGGCGACAUUUAUGAAUGUUAAAUGUGUAUCUGACUGGAAA